CUGUCUGUUUUGUAGUUGUCAUUUCUGAUAUGUUAGUCACUUAGCUAAAAACUGCAAACAAAAGCUUAUUUUUUACCUGUAUUUAUUGUAAACAUUGCAUAUUUGCAUGAUGACGGAAUUUGAAUGGCCAUGGGAAUAUACAUUUCCACCCUUUUUCACCUUACAACCACAUGAAGAAACACGUAAUCAGCAAAUUAAAGUGUGGUCCGAUCUUUUCUUGCGCUACCUCAAAUAUUUAAACAAAUUUCAAGUGAACAUUAAUGAAAAUACAUUCCCACUUUUUAACAAUGACGCCAUUAAACGACGUUUAUCGCCUGAAACAAUAACAGUGAUAUUGGAGCAACUGCAACGUACUGGGCAUGCAGCGCCAUUGGACAAACGACGUAUAGAGUGGCAAGUAUAUAGCUAUACACUGGAAGAGUAUGCGAAUAUGGUUUACGAUUGGAUACAACAGACGGGACAAUUGAAUACGAUUUGUACAUUAUAUGAGAUUGCGUCGGGUGAGAACUCAGAGGGGACAGAAUUUCAUGGUGUAGAUGAGGCUGUGCUACUAAAUGCGUUUCGCACACUGGAAAAUAAAGGCAAAUGUGAGGUGGUGCAGUUGGACGAUAGUUUCGGCAUCAAAUUCUUUUAAGAUGGGUAGUUAUAUAUAUGAUGUUAGAUUUUAUAUUUUAAACAUACAUAAAUAUGUGUACAGUGUAAGUAUUACUCAUGGCUGUUAAUGAGGUGGUACAGAUAUAAAUAAAAAGUUUGAAAUAUCAAUAAAGCA